AUGGCUUUCGAGAAGCACAUUCCAAUCUACAAACGAACAUCCUCUCUUUCAUUUGUGCUCUCACCUCCCAUCACCUUGAGGCCUUUUUCUUCAAGCACUCUUGGUAGCAACCCGUACUGGAUCAUGUUCGACGAUAAGGACAAAGACUCUGGUCUACCCUUCCAUGAGCCAUCAACCGCACCUCCCUCGGAGGACCGAAGGAAGCAUCAUGUCUUACGUACAGAGGCCACAGCUUUCUUGGGAGAGCUAAUCGGCACCUUCAUGUUUCUAUCCCUGGCUUUCACUGGUACUCAGAUCGCGCUCAAUGCCGCGGGCACCAACGACUUGACGGCAUCUUCGAACCCGAUUCCCGAUGUUGGGAAGCUUCUCUACAUUGCCUUCGCCUUUGGCGUCUCCCUGGCUAUCAACGUCGCCAUAUUCGCCGACAUCAGCGGCGGUAAAUUCAAUCCAGCAGUUACUGCCGCCUUGUGGCUCACACGAAAGAUACAUUGGCACCGUGCGCUCCAAACUAUCAUAGCGCAAAUGAUAGCUGCUAUCGCCGCAGCAGGCUUCGUCUCCGGUCUUUUGCCUGGGGCCCUCACCAUCGACACAAAGCUCGACGCAUCGAUUAGCGUGACGAGAGGUUUAUUCUUGGAAGCAUUUGUCACGGCGCAACUCGUCCUGAGCAUUCUCAUGUUGGAGGCCGGGUCAUCGAAACCAAUGUACAUCGGCUUGUCGCUAUUCAUCGCUGAGAUGUGCAGUGUCUACUUUACCGGUGGUAGCUUGAACCCAGCACGAAGUUUUGGUCCAGCAGUUGUCGUGGGAUUUACUAGUUAUCACUGGAUCUACUGGGUGGGUCCACUGGGAGGAGCAGCCGUGGCGAGCGGAGCUUAUGCACUUAUCAACUUUGUACGGCGAAAUCCUAUAUAG